GCUGCUUCUCGGCGGCAUUUUGGUGGCGACGCUUCUCGGCGGCAUUUUGGUGGCUGGUUGUCCGGCGGCUGCGCUCCUCGGCGGCGGGUUGUCCGGCAGAAGCGCUCCCUUGUCAGUAGGCGGGCGCACAUAAAUGCCCUGGGGGGCACCAUGGCACCCGCGGGCACCGCGUUGGGGACCACUGGACUAGAUGAUCACAGUGGUCCCUUCUGGCCUUAGAGUCUAUGAAUCCUGCUCCCCGUGUCUCUUAGUGGCCGUACUGCCAGAAACGCUGCAGCUACUGCAACUUCAACAAGUACAUCCCCCGGGGCCUAGACGAGGAGUCCAUGAGGAGCUGUCUCACUCGGGAAGCCCAGACCCUGAUCCGCCUCAGCCAGGUCCAGAGGAUCAGCUCGGUGUUCUUCGGCGGGGGCACCCCGAGCCUGGCGAGCCCAUUCACCAUCGCUACUGUCCUGGAGACCGUCUCCCGCUGCGCCCACUUGGCGGCGGACGCUGAGAUCACUCUGGAAGCCAAUCCCACCUCGGCAGGUGCCUCGCGGCUGGCGGGAUUCCGGGCGUCGGGCGUCAAUCGCCUCUCCAUCGGCAUCCAGUCCCUGGACAAUGCGGAGCUGAGGCUCCUUGGGAGGAACCACACAGCUGAUGAGGCUCUGGGGACCUUGGAAGAGGCAAAGAAGCUGUUUCCCGGCCGCACGUCCGUUGACCUCAUCUUUGGCCUCCCCGGCCAGAGUGUUUCCUCGUGGGCCGGGGGGUUAGAAGAGCUGCUUCAGCUGUGUGAUGACCAUGUGUCUCUGUACCAGCUGACGCUGGAGAGGGGCACCUCCCUCUUCAAGCAGGUCCAGCGGGGCUCUCUGCCCGUGCCCAAGCAGGAGGUGGUGGCGGAGAUGUAUGAAUCUGCGCGGGAGAUGCUGCGGGACGUGGGAUUCCGGCAGUACGAGGUCUCCAAUUUUGCCAGGAAUGGGGCGCUCAGUACCCACAACCUGUCCUAUUGGCAAGGCAGCCAGUACAUAGGGAUCGGGCCAGGAGCUCAUGGGAGGUUUGUGCCGCGAGCACAUGGCGAGAGCCUUCGGGAAGCCAGGAUACAGACCCUGGAGCCGGACAGCUGGAUGAAGGAGGUGCUGGCCUGCGGACACGGGACCCGGAAGCGGACUGUGCUGAGCCAGCUGGAGGUGUUGGAGGAGGUGUUGGUCCUCGGGCUCCGCACGGACAUCGGAAUCACACACCAGCACUGGCAGCAGUUUGCAACCAGCCUGAGCCUGUGGGACAUGUUUGGAAGUUCAGAGGAAGUGAAAGAGCUGGAGGAUCAGGGCUUGCUGCUUUUGGACAAUAGGGGGCUCAGGUGCUCUUGGAAAGGUUUGGCGGUGCUGGACUCUCUCCUGCUGACCCUUCUCAACCAGCUCCAGCAGUCCUGGGCAGACAGAACAGCCCAUGGGACCUGAAGCUAGACAGCUGUCAACCAGGAAGCAGCAGCCUUUCCCAGCAAACUCCAGCAGUCCUGGAUGGACAGGGCAGACCUGAAAAUGGACAGAUCUUGCAUCCAAUCUGGAAAGCAUUUCAGCAGGGGAGGCCGAUCCUAAGUGUCCAAAGGAACAACUUGGCUCUUGGCUGGAAUCAGUUUGGAGCUCUCAGUUUGCAAAAUCCAGGACGAGGGCCGGAUCCAGGCUUGGAGUAAAUCGGUGGAAUUUGCAUCUGCUUAUUGCAGAGAGGAAGCUGGUCUUUUUUUUUAUGUGCACAAUAUUUGCUCAGUGGCUGCUGCAGAAAAUAGGGUAAAAGCAUUUUAGUUUUAGAUUGACUGGAAAGAUACACAAUAGUGUGGGAUUCAGUGACUUAAACUACUUCAGUGAGGAAAGUCAGUCUCUUCUCUGCAGUCAGCAUGCGAUACUAUCUCCGUGCAGCAGAGGGAGAUGAGUGAAGCAAAAAUACUGCAAUGUCAAACCCCGUGGAAGGGCGAGCAGAUCAUUUCCUGCCCGAGGCGCUGGACUGAACUCCCCACGGUCAGCGCGGGCGACCAGGACCGGCUAGAGCUACCUCUCAUUCUGGCCGAGUUUUCGGAAUCCCUCCGUCUCAUGCCCACUAAUAAAGCAUGUGGGUGCGCCUUGCUCCCUGUCCCCCUGGCCUAGCUCUGUAGCUCUUUAGUAAGACGGACAGGUGAGCUAAGGGCUACCUUGCAAAGGCUGCUGGUUAUUCUCUUUGCCUUUCCCUUGGACUCUGUAGAGUAGCUUGCUGGUCUCAGCAGCCGCCACUCAGUACAGAAGCAGGGCACCCCAAGUCUAACUCCGUCUUUCCCUUACUGUCCUGGAUACCGGAGCCACAAGCAGAGGGGGUAUCACAGAGAUACACAUCCCCCAAUGCCAGAGAGCUGGGAAGGUGCAGAUUAUGCAGCCAAGAAUAAUACAUUAUUGAGCUCCAUUUUCUACCAGGUGCAUUAGCGCCUGGGGUAUCAAUUUACUUCUGGAGGGAAUUCAGUGCUGCCGUGACAGCGCUGGGGAAUGAAGUGCUUUUUGCCCACUGACAGUUACAGCAUAGGCACUGGCAGGCCAAGGCUCUCCUACCCCAUCCCGCUAACACGCCAAAGCCCUGACUUCGUGCUAAGAGGAGAGUUUGUCUUCAGUGGCCCUUUCACCCCUUGGCCUCACUGCUGAAUGGAACGAAGGUUUAGAGACUUGUCUUUAGAUGGCAAUUCAUAUGACAGUAGCACCUAAAGGCCCCCAUCAGGAUCAAGGCCCCAUUGUGCCAGGUGCUGUACAUACAC